AUGGUCAAGGCACUGUUCUUACUUGCUGCCCUAUGCUUGGUUUUCAUCCAGACCACAUACGCAAGUGUGUUUUCUCAACUUCAAUUCAUAAAGAUUUCAUCGCCAAAGAGUGGGCAAGAUCUCCGUGCUGGUGAAUACUUGACUGUCAAAUACGUUAUGCAACCUCUUAUUAAGAACAACGUCUCUGCUGGUAAGGCUCUCAAACUAAACAUCAACUUCCACAAGAGAACCGGAAACAAGAAGGAACAGCAAGUGGCCAUCAUUUCCCAUGGCUGUCCUGUUUCAGCAAAGGAGAAUAAAUAUGUCACCUAUACCAAAAAGUGGAAGAUCCCCAAGAGCACCAAGCCUGGAUCUUACGCUGUUGACUUUAAGGAACUUGUUCAACUUCGUCGUGGCCAAAUCACUGCUAUCGAAACUGUAAAGGUCAACGUUGUCGAUUAA